AAAAACAACAACAGCAGCAGUAGCAGCGGAGGAUCUUCGGCUCGGCGACGAUAGUUGAGCAAAAGGACAACAGAGCAAUUUAGCGAUUACCUGUUCGGUGUCGACGGUUACUGUACGGUUAAUACGACCGCUAUUGUUUACAUUUAAUACCAAAAUGUCGCUAUUUGGUAAGUUAUUCGGCAGCGGUGGUAAGGGUGGGAAAGCGCCGACACCCCAGGAGGCUAUCCAGCGACUCAGAGAGACCGAGGAAAUGUUGGCCAAAAAACAGGAAUUUCUAGAGAAGAAAAUCGACCAGGAGCUCAUAACGGCGAAGAAGAACGGCACGAAAAACAAACGAGCGGCUCUACAAGCCUUGAAGAGAAAAAAGCGUUAUGAGAAGCAGCUGGCCCAGAUUGACGGAACGUUGUCUACCAUUGAAUUCCAGAGAGAGGCGCUAGAGAACGCUAACACCAACACAGAAGUGCUCAAGAACAUGGGUUAUGCCGCCAAGGCAAUGAAGGCUGCACACGAAAACAUGGACAUUGACAAAGUGGACGAUUUGAUGGCCGAAAUCACAGAACAGCAGGAAGUGGCUCAGGAAAUCUCAGAUGUCAUUUCCAGACCAGUUGGCUUUGGAGAAGAUUAUGACGAGGAUGAGCUUAUGGCUGAACUUGAGGAGCUGGAACAGGAAGAGCUGGACAAAAACCUUCUGGAAAUCGAAGGAACAGAAGACGUCCCUCUACCCAGCGUACCAUCUACAUCACUACCAUCUAGACCAGCCAAGAAGAAGGAGGAAGAGGACGAAGACGACAUGGCGGACCUUGAGGCCUGGGCAGCUAACUAAGAUAGCUCGCCCUGUUAGCUCGCUAGCGCCCCUCUCCUGUCUGUCUCUCUGCUACCAGACUGGUCCCAGGCAUCUGGAGGAGAGACAGAGACUCUGGGCUGCUGAGCUGGCUGCUGGCAUGCUGCUCUGUCUUAAAGUCGACAUCCCAAUAUCUAACCAUACCCCAACCCUAAAGUAUGCACUUGUACACAUAUUUGCUGAUUCAAAAUGAAGUGAACCCAGGCUUUUCUCUUCUGAUUAAUGUUACAGUAAGAACCUCUUUGCUCCGGCUGCACACUCCUCUGUUUCUAAAGGGCAUGGAGUAUGGAAAGCAAAUGUCAUGCCCUAACAGCCUGUGGUUAUGUAUAUCGAAGAGCUCUUUUUAAGAAAAAGAGUGCAUCAAUGAGCACUUAGGGCAGGAGCAUGCAAGUGCAUACUUCUGGGGAAGGGUGUGUGGAAGAACAGGACGAGGCUUGUUUCUGGGAGGAAUGUGAAGAAUCAACAGAUGUGUGGGAAAGAAAAGCAAAAACAGAAACACAACAUGACUCAGCCAUUUUCUUCCUCCUGCAUUGUCAUAUCUCUGCUCUUCUAAGAUGGUGAAGACAACUCUUCGUCCAUACCAUCUCUGUUAAAUCUCCACUGCAGCAACAGAAAAGAUUAGUUAUAAAAGUGUAGGACUUUCUCAUUAAAAUGUCACUGUCAAAUUACAAAACAAGGAAUGUUACAGCAGUGGGAGUUUGCCAUUAAGACAAGAUAUCUUGUAAUGGAAGGACCCCAAGUUCAAUCUUUCUGUCAGCCACAUCUCCUGCUGAAGAGUCUGUGGGAAACUUCUUAUUACUCAUCAGGAAGCCCUCUGGGUCUAAUAAGUGUCGGUUAAAAAGCCAACAGCCUCAGCUGGAUCUCUUACUUCAGUGGUUCCCAACUCUACUCACUACUUGUGACCACUCAUGAGAGAUAUGAGUGGGAAAAGUAAAUACUAAAUCACUGAAAAACAGAGUCCAGAUAUUGGUUGAAUGGUGUUGAUUCACUCAAAUCAGUAAGAAAAUCUCAAUUACCUAUAGUGGUAUCUAGCCACACAAUUUGUUCAGGUUUUAGAGAUGUCUCUUGCUCUCACUCUCACUGAGCGAGUUUUCAUCUUGCUGAUGAAAACUGAAACCUCAUAGACAAAUAAAAGCAAACCUGUCUGCAUGGCUAUAUAUCACCAGAUGUAAGUGAGAGAACUGGGUUGCGAUUUGGGUGAAACAAUCUUUAACAAAACUGGUUGUUAGUUAGCCGACAUUGUGUAAACAUAAAAUAAUUCCCCUGCCAAAAACUGCCCAGAUGUCAACCAAAGCUGCUCUGUAAUAUUAUGACAGUUCAUAUAUUGUUGUCAGGAGUGGUGGACCUCCAAUAUGGCUGCCAGAGGGCACAUUGCCAGGCUUCAGUUACUGAAUUUGAAAUUGGAACGUGCCUGACACCUCCAGCGCCUCGUCUGUCUGUGGUUUAACAGUGACGUACUCUGAGAAAAUCCUGUAUCAGUUGGAUUUAAAGAUAAUGUGUGUGAGUGUGUGUGAUGUUUUUUUUCAGCCUUUUGACACAGUGACCUCUUGGGGAUAUUUAGUCAAAUUGAGACGGUGAGCUGGAUUUUUCUUUUUCUUUUGCUCUUGACUCACCUGUAAUGCAAAACUUGAUUUAAACAACAACAUGAGACGUGUUGGUCGUCAUGAUAAAACGAUGACGUGAAUAAGUCCGACCUCUGCUCACUGCCCUGCUACUUAUGCUGUAGCUACACUUUCCCUCCUCCUGUCAGCAGACAUGUUUAUGCAUGAAUGGAUUGGGGUCGACCCAGAAUAAAACGAUGGGGUGAGACUGUAUGUAAACAUGACAUAUAUCUUGAAAUAAGUAGCAAUUUACAACGUUUGCUCAUAUUUGUAAUUCAAAUAUAUGAGAGUGGGUCGACCCCGAUCCUUAUAUUUAAAGAGAAGCUAUUGAAAAGAAGCGUAGAUAUAUCAAUGAAGUUAGUUUUUCUUCUUUCUGUUUACCUCAGAUAUCACUCAUGUUCUCUCCGGCUGUACAGAAACAGCGUGACCAGUAGCCUCUUCUGCUCAGAGCUGUACAAAGGGUUGGACACUGGAGGUUUUCCAUGUGGCAGCCAUGUUGCUCUGUGACUGUUGUUAAUGUGGGGUUGUAUACAGUUUAUCUUAAUAAAGUUGGGAUUCAAUGCAA